AUGCCCGGCUCCACGCCCACAGCAGCGGGCCCAGCAGCGGCCGAUGCUGCAGGCAAGGUCCUGGACCGCUGGACCAUCAUGUCUCGAGAAGAGGAGAUCAUCACCCUGCAGCAGUUCCUGCGCUUUGGUGAGACCAAGUCCAUUGUUGAGCUGAUGGCCAUUCAGGAGAAGGAGGGUCAGGCCGUCACCGUCCCCUCCUCCAAGACUGACUCCGGGAUUAGGACAUUCAUUGAGAGUAACAACAGAACGCGCAGCCCCGGGCUCAUCACACAAAUGGAAAACAGAAGCCCGUCCAGCAUCCAUCAUUUCGAGAACAUCCCCAAUAGCCUUGCCUUCCUUCUGCCCUUUCAGUACAUCAACCCAGUCUCUGCCCCCAUGCUCGGCUUACCUCCCAACGGCCUGCCCAUGGAGCAGUCUGCUCUGCGGCUCCGAGAGCCCUCUCUCCCAAACCAGGGCGAGCAGGUGGAGACGAGUGAGUCAGAAGUGUCCUUGUCUCCUUUCCGCACAGGCCAGAGUCCGAGCCGAGGAGGUCUGGGGCCUUUAAACAACAUAGAACCCAAGACAGAGCCCAGUAACAGAGCCUCCCCCAUCUCCCCCACCCCCUCGCAGCAGUCACAGCUUCAGUCACAGUCCACGCCUCAGCCCCAGUCCGGACAACCGCAGUCCCAGAGUCAGACGCAACAGCCCAGCAGCCUGACUGACCCACAAGUCCAUCACCACUUUGCAAAGGAAGAGCAGAAUAAAACUAUGACUCAUCCCUCCUUCUCCUCCAAAAUGCACCGCAUGCGCCGCAUGGGGGCCACCUCACGGAAAGGGCGUGUUUGUUGCAACUCUUGUGGCAAAACCUUCUAUGAUAAAGGCACUCUUAAAAUACAUUACAAUGCUGUACACUUAAAGAUCAAGCACCGCUGUACCAUUGAGGGCUGUAACAUGGUGUUUAGCUCACUCCGUAGUCGCAAUCGUCACAGUGCCAAUCCGAACCCACGGUUACAUAUGCCAAUGUUACGCAACAACCGCGAUAAAGACCUUAUCCGUGCCACCGGUAACUCUGGGACACCUGUCAUCUCAAGCACCAAAAACGGAGGCUUUACUCUGACCAGCCCUGGCAGACCCCCUCUGGGCUUCACCACCCCUCCUGUGGACCCCCUGCUCCAGUCCCCUCUCCAGAGUCCUCUGGUGUUCCCCUCUCUGAAGUCAGUGCAGCCGGUACAGCCUGUGCCUCCUUUCUACCGCACACUCCUGUCCCCCGCAGACCUGGUGAGCCCUCCUGUGUCUCUGCCCACCAGCCCCAUCCUGCCCACCACCACCAACAGCACCACCCUCAUGGACCAGCAGCAGCAGCUCUUGGCCGCAGCAGCUGCAGCUUCACACAAUAAUGUCCAUGUGUCAGAAGCAGGGCCCAUGUCACACCGCUUACCCACACCCAGUGCCAACCACGAGGGCACCAUGGGCAACAGUGACCCCACACCCAAAAAGAAGCCCCGUAAGUCCAGUAUGCCAGUGAAGAUCGAGAAGGAAAUCAUAGACGUGGCCGAUGACUAUGAGGACAAAGAUGAGGACGAUGAUCACAUCCAUAACCACCAUCACCACUCGUCCUCUAUCCUCCACAACAGUCUCAAGAUGAAUGGAAACUGCCAUAACAGCAGCAGCACAGGGAACCACAGUGGAGGCAGCGGGCAGCAGUCCCCCUCUCAGGACGAGAUGAGUCCAGGACUGGCUCUUAGAGGCAUCAUGAGGAGCGAUGAAGAGUGUCGGGAUGGAGCAGGCAGUGACAGCAGAGGAGACCUCAGGAGCACCGGAGACCUGCGCUGUAUGGACAGUUUCACAUCAGAGGACCAGGACCAUGAGAGAGACUUUGAGAAUGAAUCUGAAAACUCAGACUCCAAAAUGUUCUACCGCGAUGAGAUGAUGGAUGUGGAGGAUCAGCACAAGCAGCACAGACUGGGGAGGGGUCUGGACAAAGACAUGGACGACGAAGAUGGACACUUAAAAGAAAAUGAAGGCAAGGGCCACUUGUCCCCUUCCCCACAUCAGCCUCCCAUCAAGAUAAAGGAGGAGCUGAGUGACCCCACCUACGACAUGUUCUGCAUGGGACAGUACGGCCUCUACAAUGGAGGCAUGGCAGCAGCUGCUGCGGCCGCUGCCAGUAUGGCCGCUCUGCACGAGAGCUUCAUCUCCUCCAUGGGCUACGGUGCCAGCCCACCCAAGUUCCCCACUUCUCAGUCACCAGAUGGAGACCCCUGCUCCAGCCCUGACCCCAAGAUCUGUUAUGUCUGUAAGAAAAGCUUCAAGAGCUCCUAUAGCAUGAAGCUGCACUACAAGAACGUGCACCUCAAAGAGAUGCACGUGUGCACUGUGGCUGGCUGCAAUGCUGCUUUCCCCUCUCGACGGAGCCGAGACAGGCACAGCUCCAACAUCAACCUGCACCGCAAACUGCUGACCAAAGAGCUGGACGAUAUAGUCCUGGACCCCCACCUCACGCCUCUGCCCAAGGACCUGCGCGUCGGGAUACUGGCCAAGAUCUACGCGGGCCACCACCACCACCCCAUGGGCCUGGACCCAAUGCUGGGGAUGGCUGUCGGAGGUCCCCAUUCCCCCAUGAGCAACGGCUACCCCCACUUCCACAACUUCCACCGCAGCCUCCACCAAAGCCACCACCUCAACCACCACUUCAACGGCUUCUCCGCAGCUCCACCGGACGACUACAUGGUUCUGGACCUGAGCGCCACCUCCAGCAUCCACUCCAGCAGCAGCAUCCACUCCUCGCACGGGUCCGACGAGGGCAGCGACGAGGGCAUCCUGCUGGACGACCUGUACGACGGCGAAGGCGAAGAGGAGGAGGAGGAGGAGGUCAACAGCGAGGGGGAGAACGUGGAGAGGCGCGGCCAGACUAGUGACAAUGGAGAGACGGGCGGAGGAGGGGGAGCGGGGAACGGCGAGGGGAUGGGACAGUUUGUGCAUCACUCAACCACCGGGGGCAGUAGCGGUGGCGGCAUACUUUGCAAUAUCUGCCACAAAAUGUACAGCAACAAAGGGACCCUGCGCGUGCAUUACAAGACGGUGCAUUUACGGGAGAUGCACAAAUGUAAAAUCCCUGGGUGUAAUAUGGUUUUUAGCUCGGUACGCAGCCGUAACCGACACUCGCAAAACCCAAACCUUCAUCAGAACGCGCCAUUCUCCUCCAUCAUUGACUGAAGACCGCCCGAGC